GAGACUUGUGCAACGAUUUUACUGCGUCGAGCGUUCACUUACACACACAACACUUCCACGAAAAAAAUUGUACGUCAUCACUUCUCGUGCAUGUACACACGACACUAUUGAAUACUCUAGCCAAUUAGUGCGUUUUCCGGUGACUGUGACGUGUGAGUUAGUCGGUAUUGAUACCAUUCCAUUAUUUCUUCACUCACCGCGUAACAGGUUCUUUCUGUUGUACUUCAGUCAGUAUAUUACUGCCUGCUCACCUUGACAAACAACACAAAAUUGCUCGCUAGGUUUCGUAUCACGCGACCAAAUAUCGUGCGGUAGACGUUGAAAAAUCUAAACGUAAUCGUAAAGAUCAACCUCAUUUCAUCCGAAACAUACGCGUUUUAAUUCAACAGUCGUAGUUGUAUUUAUUGUUUUUGAGGGUGUCUCAAACUUUCGUUUUGGUGUUCCCAUUGACGUGACACUCGUGAUUACAAAUAAACAUAUUGUGUUUCGAAUCGUCACUGACCUUCAGUCCCUCAAGAUGAGUUACGGAUAUCAGUUGACCCCUACCGUCGUCCCAUACCCUGACUUCGACCCUCGCACCGAUGCAGAGGUCUUACGAAAAGCGAUGAAGGGCUUUGGCACCGAUGAGAAAGCCAUCAUCAAUGUUCUUGCCAAUCGAACCAAUGUCCAACGACAAGAAAUUGAGAAACAAUUCAAAACACUCUAUGGGAAGGAUUUGAUCAAAGAUCUGAAGUCAGAACUCUCUGGCAACUUUGAGAAGCUCGUUGUUGCCAUGAUGACUCCCCUUCCCCAAUAUUAUGCCGAGGAACUUCACGACGCAAUGUCUGGGAUUGGAACUGAGGAGUGUGUGCUGAUUGAGGUCAUGUGUACCAUGUCAAACCAUGAAAUUCGAGUGAUUCGACACGCCUACGAGACUAUGUAUGGGAGGUCAUUGGAGGAAGAUCUACGUGCCGAUACCUCUGGCAACUUCAAACGUCUGAUGGUGUCACUUUCUUGUGGCAAUCGAGACGAGAGUUUCGAUGUUAAUCCAGGUGCUGCGGCGGAGGAUGCACGAAGACUCCUGCAAGCAGGUGAAUUACGAUUUGGCACUGAUGAAUCAGUAUUCAACGAGAUAUUGGUGCAGCGCAACAUCCCACAGUUGAUACAAAUAUUCGCGGAGUACCAGAAUAUAACUGGACACACGAUUCGAGAUGCCAUUGAGAAUGAAUUCACUGGUGACAUCAAGAAGGGAUUGCUUGCUAUUGUGAAAUGCGUUGAGAACCGAGCAGGAUUUUUCGCCGAACAACUCUAUAAAAGCAUGAAGGGAAUGGGAACCGACGAUCGACGUCUCAUUCGUCUGGUUGUCACUCGAUCUGAAAUCGAUAUGGGAGAGAUAAAGCAGGAAUUCAGUCGCACGUAUGGAAAAUCUCUCGAGGAUUUCAUAUCUGAUGAUUGUUCAGGGCACUACAAAAAGUGUCUGUUGGCAUUGAUCUCGUAGGAGAUUAUACAAUGGCCUAUGCGUCUCAGGAAUGGCAUUUGUUGAUUUGAUAGAUCGCCAAAUUUCUCAACGAGGAAGCCAUCGACAUAAACGAUUCUCAUUUUUCUAAGUAGAAAACUUGAUAUUUUAAAGGUGUCAAGGAAUAUUUUGUAAGGCAUGAAAAAUUACCAACAUUAUAUUUCAACGAUGUAUAUCCGCCCAAUUGACCAAGACUUUAUAUUUUGUACGAACGGUUUUUCCCAAUUGGCAGUGAAUAAUGUAUCUUUGAAAGGAUAUUCCAUAAAUAAUGGAUUUUGAAAUAACUGAAAAAACGAACAGUCGAUUCUAUGAUUUUUGAUCAUGAUGAGAAUGGAAUAAAAUGUAUUUCAUUGAAUCGUUGCUUCUGCCAUGCAUACAGACAUUAAAGUCCUGAUUAUUCAUUAGCCAAUGUUUAUUGUCGUCCUCGAACGAUGCUAUUGACAUCCAACUCCACGGUUUUCGCAGAUGCGUGUGUUAUUAUAAAAACAUUCAUGAAUUUUAUAUUCUAUUGUCAUGUAUUUGCUAUCAGAUUCUAUGGAUAUUUUAUGACUACUGUUCCAAUAUUUCGAUGUAAUGAAAAAAAAACAGUACAAUAAAAUGAAUUCAGAUGAA